UUAACACAGGACAGAGACUGAGACACAAGUGGGAACGAGGGACUGUCUGGGAUGCCUUGCUUUCCCUGUACUGACUCUCUAUAUACGUUUUCAUUUUUAACUGGAAUUGCAGUUUUAAUUGGACAAGAACAUGAAUGUUCAAAAGUGUGCCAGGUGUGGAUUCGUGGUUUACCCAGCAGAGAAGAUAAAUCUUAUUAGUCAGAACUGGCAUAAAUCAUGUUUUCACUGUGAGGUCUGUAAGAUGGUUUUGACGGCGAAUAAUUAUGUCAGCCAUCAGAAAAUGCCAUACUGCCAAGUGCACAAUCCAAAGAACAACACUUUCACUAGUGUCUAUGAGACUCCAAUCAACAUCAAUGCGAAGAAGCAGGCUGAGGCAGUCAGUGAGAAUAAAUAUCGGGAGGAAGGGGAUCGUUUCAUGUCCACUUUCCACUAUGACAUGAGAUCAAAAGAAAUUGAAAUGGCUCAAAAGGCUAGCCAGCUUGCCAGCCAGCAGGGCUACCAAACUGAGAUUGUAGGCCAACAGUCCUGGCACUCGGGCAGUGUUACCAGCCAGGAAAUUGUACGUGUGAGCCAGGCACAGAAGACCUUCAGUGAUGUAGAAUACAAGCGAGGCCAUGAGGAGCGUGUCACACAGUUUACCUCUGUGGUAGACACACCUGAAAUCAUACAUGCCAAGACUGGAGUCUCAUUGGCCAGUGAUGUGAAAUACUCAGAAGAAUAUCAGCAGUCUAAAGGAAAGGGCAGCUUUCCUGUCAUGAUAACUCCAGGAUAUGAGAUGGCAAAGAAAGCCAACACAUUGGCUAGCAAUUUAGAGUAUAGGAAAGGACAUGAAGAAAGAAUGUCAAAGUACACCACUCUGACGGAUACUCCUGACGUACUUCUAGCUAAAAACCAAGGGAAGAUUGCUAGUGAUUAUGUGUACACUGAGGAGUAUGAACAGCAAAGGGGCAAAGGCAGUUUCCCAGCACACUUCACUCCUGGAUACCAGGUGGCCAAAAAAGCAGGCGAGAUGGCCAGCAAAGUGAAGUAUCAACAGAAAUAUGAGCAGGAGAUUAAGGGGAAGGCCAGCACUAAUGCUGGGGCUGCAGAGUCUGCUCUGGCCAAAGAGAACGCAGAGCACUUCAGUCAUCAUGCCUACACUGAGGAAUAUGAACAGCAAAAAGGCAAAGGCAGCUUUCCUGCCAUGAUAACUCCUGGAUACCUGAUGGCCAAGAAAGCCCAUGACAUGGCCAGUGAUCUGAAAUAUAAGAAGGACCUGAACAUGAUGAAGGGAUCUUCUGCAUACCAUGCUGUAAACCCUGAUGACAACCUGACUCUGAAAAGUGCACGCAAGAUCAACAAGCUCAUGAGCGAGGUUGAAUACAGGAAGGACCAUGAAGCCACCAAAGGCCAUAGUAUCAACUAUUGCGAAACACCACAGUUCAAGAAUGUGUCAAAGAUUGCCAAGUAUACCAGCGAUAAUAAAUACAAAGAGAAUUACACCAAUCACAUGAAGGGGCACUAUGAGGGGGGAGGCAUCGACAAGAAGACCAUGCACGCCAUGAAUGUCAGAAAGCUGGCCAGUAAUAUUGCAUACAAAUCAGAGUAUGAGCAGGAGAAGAAUGUGCAGGGUGAGUACAACUACCCAGCCACCAUUACACCAUCCUACCAGACACAGAAAAAACUGGAGCCUCUCAAGGAUAAAAACUAUAGACAACAUAUCGACAGACUGAAAUUCUGCCAAGUUACGGACACUCCUGAAAUUGUGCAAGCUAGAAUCAAUGCCCAUCAACUCAGUAAUCUGAACUACAAAGCUAACUAUGAGAAGACAAAAACACAGUAUACAAUAUCUCAAGAUACACCAGAAAUAAAGAAGGCCAAAGCCAAUGCAGAACUCAUCAGUGAUAUCAAAUACAAAGAGAACUGGGAGAAGAAUAAAUCCAAAGCAUGUGAUAUCGGCCUGGACACACUAACAUUCAAAGCAGCCAAAGCUUCUCGAGAUCUUGCUAGUGAUAUCAAAUACAAGGAGUUAUAUACAAAGAACAAGGACAAAGCCAUUGGAAUGGAUGUGAGUGACUCCAAAACACUUCAUUCCCUUCAGGUGGCCAAGCUGAGCAGUGAGGUUGCUUAUAAAAAGAGUUCUAAGGAGACUCAAUCCAAGUGCCACCUGCCCCUGGACAUGGUGAAUCUAAGCCAUGCUAAGAAGGCUCAAGCCUUGGCCAGUGAUUUGGACUACAGGAAGAAGUUGCACGAUUAUACUGUCCUGCCUGAUGACAUGAAAGUGCAGCAAGCUAAGAAAGCCUACCAAUUGCAGAGUGAUAACCAGUACCGAUCAGACCUGACAUGGAUGAAGGGAGUAGGCUGGGAGGCUGAUGGCUGCCUGGAUGUGGAACAGGCCAAGAAAGCAGGAGAUAUUGUCAGUGAGAAAAAGUAUCGUCAAAAAGUGGACCAUGUGAAAUUCACACAAGUGGCAGACACUCCUUCCAUCAUACACGCCAAGAAGAGUCAGGAACUACAAAGUGGGCUGGCAUAUAAGGCAGGCACUGAACAGACAAUGCACCAGUACACUAUGAGCAAAGAUGAGCCUCUCUUCAAGCAAGCCAAAGCUAAUGCAGAACUUCUCAGUGGGAAAACAUAUAAGAGUAGCUGGGACGAUGUGAGGGAGAAGGGUUUUGAGCUAGGCAUGGACACACUUUCGAUUCUCAAUGCUAGAACAACAAGAGAUCUCGCCAGUAAUGUGAAGUACAAGCAAGAAUAUGAGAUGGCAAAAGGGAAGAUGAUUGGUGUGAAGACCGUGUCAGGUGAUUCUCAGAUGGCGCAUUCGGCCCAGGCCACCAAACUCCAGAGUAACAGGCAAUAUAAGAAAGAAUAUGAGGAUACCAAGACCAAAUACAGUGCCUUACUUGAUAUGAUGAACCUCACGCAUGCCAAAAAAGCCCAGGAACUGGCUACUGAGACAAACUACAAAACGUUCUUACACAAGUACACCAGCCUACCCACUGAUAUGAAAAUGGAAUGGGCCAAGAAGGCCUACGGCCUACAAAGUGAUAAACGUUAUCGUUCUGACCUGAAUUGGAUGAAGGGAGUAGGCUGGGAGACCACCGGAUCCCUUGAUGUACUACAGGCCAGAAAGGCUACAGAUUUAGUCAGUGAGAAAAAAUACAGACAGGAUGCGAGUGCUCUGAAGUUCACCAGCGUGGAGGACACGCCAGAGAUGGUUCAGGCCAAAAUCAGCAGCAAACUGGUGCUUGAUAGAUUGUACAGAGAGAAAGGAGAGAGUGAAAUGCACAAGUACACACUGAAGGGAGAUAUUCCAGAGCAUGUGCAGGCUAAGAUCAAUGCCACUAACCUCAGUGAGUCACGUUACAAAGAGUCCUGGACAAAGAUCAGAGAUGCUGGCUACAAGUUGCGCUUGGAUGCUAUUCCAUUCCAAGCAGCCAAAUCUUCUACAGAAAUCCUCAGUAAUCAAAAGUACAAGGCACAGUUUGAGAAGACAAAGGGGAAGAUGAUUGGGCUGAAGGGACUACAGGAUGACAUAAACAUUGCACACUCUGUGUAUGCCUCAAAGAUACAGAGUGAUGUGAAAUACAAAAAAGAAUCUUCUAAGUUGCAUUCUGAGUUCCAUCUGCCAAUGGACAUGUUGGAGGUGAUUCAUGCUAAGAAUGCUCAGAAUCUGAUCAGUGAUCAGGACUACAGACUUACGUUGCACAAGUACACAACACUGCCUGAUGACCUCAAAGUGCAGGCUGCCAAGAAAGCAUAUAACCUGCAAAGUGAGAAACUGUACCGUUCUGAUCUAAAUUACCUCCGUGGUGCAGCCUGGAUUGCCACAGGUGCUCUACAGAUUGAAGGAUCCAAACGAGCCACAGAUCUAAUCAGUGAGAAAAAGUAUCGCCAACAACCCUACGCUUUUAAACACACAUCCAUUACGGAUUCUCCAGAUAUCGUUCAUGCUAAGCUCAGUAACAAGAUCACUAAUGAGCGCUUGUACAAAGAAAAGGGAGAGAACCUUAGGCACAACUACACCAUUACAGCAGAGAGACCUGAAAUCACCCAGGCUAAGAUUAACGCUGCUAACUUCAGUGAUGUUAAGUACAAGGAGUCAUGGCAUGUGCUCAGAGCUCAGGGUUACAAACUCACCAUGAAGGAUAUCCCCUUCCAAGCUGCUAAAGCUUCCACCAGCAUUGCGAGUGAUAACCAGUACAAACACAACCAUCUGUUGGAGAAGGGAAAGCACAUUGGAUCUCGCAGUGUCCUGGAGGACUCAAACCUAAUGCACUGCAUGGAGAUGGGUCGUCUACAGAGCAACAAGUACUAUCGCAAAGACGCCAUGUCUACCAGCGGCCAGUAUCACCUGCCUCUGGACAUGGUUAACCUUGUUCAUGCCAAGAAUGCCCAGGCCUUAGCCAGCGACCAGGAUUACAAAACCCACAUACACUCUUACACGGUCCUACCUGAUGAUAUGAAGGUGCAGUGGGCCAAGAAGGCAUACGACCUGCAGAGCCAGAAUAUAUACAAAUCAGAUCUGAACUUCAUGAAGGGGGUGGCCUGGGACUCAGUGGGCGCACCCCAGCUGGAGUCUGCAAAGAAAGCUGGAGAGCUCAUUAGUGACAAGAAGUACCGUCAACACCCUGACAGCCUGAAGUUCACCCAAGUGGCUGAUUCACCAGAUAUUGUCCAUGCAAAGAAUAGUUACAUGCAGUGUAGUGAGAGGUUGUAUAAGUCUGGAGAUUCCGAGUCCAUGCACAAAUUCACUUUGCCACCUGAUCAUCCUGACUUCAUCAGAGCAAAGAUCAACGCUCAGCAAAUUAGCAAUAAAGUUUAUAAAAUGUCAGGUGAGCAGGUGAAGUCAGCAGGCUUCGACCUCAGGUUAGAUGCCAUUCCCUUCCAGACCGCCAAGGCCUCCAGAGAAAUUGCUAGUGAUUUUCGCUAUAAGGAGGCAUUUGUGAAGGACAAAGGCCACCAGGUGGGCCUCCUUAGCGUUGAGGAUGACCCCAAGAUGAGACACUCGCUGGCUGUGGGGAAGCUCCAGAGCAAUAAUGAGUACAGGAAGAAGUUCCAGGAGACAUGCUCUCAGUUUAAAAUCCAUGCUGACCAACCUGAGUUCCUGAAUGCAAAAAAGAGCCAGGCUCAACUCAGCAACCUCAACUAUCGCCAGCAGAUCCAUGGCUACACAUAUCCUGAUCAGCUCAAUGUCAAUCAUGCUAAACAGGCCUACCAACUGCAUAGUGAUGUGAAUUAUAAAUCAGAUCUGAACUGGAUUAAAGGUGUGGGCUGGACCCCUCCAGGCUCCCAUAAGGUAGAAAUGGCCCGCCGGGCAGCAGAACUGGGCCUGGCUGAAGGAGUAUCCACCGAAGAGGCUAUUGCUCAAUACCAGCAACUAAUGAUGCUCCAGAGACAGCAGCAGUCUGCCACAGAGCAGAUGGAUACCACAAAGGAGUUCCAGCAGCCUGGAGUCAAUCCUGAUGCCAUGGAGGUACUCCAAGUCAAGAGGAAGAAGACCAUUCACACCACAUUCAAGCAGGCCAAGACCACAAAAUCCAUCACUUCACAGUCUGUUGCAUCCCACUCAAACACAAGUCAGUCUAUCACUAACCAGUCCACCAAGAAACAAUCCAUUAUGAGCCAAUCACAUGCUGAUGAAUCCACAGCGAGGCAGAUGCUUGAAAACCAGGCCAUUACAGAUCAGGCUGCUGCAAAGUCAGGAGGAAUGUAAUCUGCCAUUUUUGUCUUCCUUACUUUCAUAUUUGUAAGUUAAUUUAUGAGCAUCAUGUAGAUCUUGGUGUUCUUGACUGUAUUUUUAUUGAUCCAUGAAUGAGGUACAUUUAGAUGAAAGAUAUAGGUAAAAUGCGAAUGUGAAGAUGGUUGAAGUAAGUGCAGAAGGUGAAGGAUGAAAAAUUAAAUGGUUAAAUGGUUAUUAUGAAAAUGGUGAUUAUGGCAAUAAGGAUAUAUGGAGGUAUCAAACAAAGCUGGAGUGUAUACAGUUCAUGUAAUAAACGAGGGUGAGCAUAUAUAUCUCAAAAGUGCCUUCACAAUAUUGAAAGGUUUUCUCUCUCUCUCUCUCUCUCUCUCUCUCUCUCUCUCUCUCUCUCUCUCUCUCUCUCUCUUCGUUGUUGCUAGAAAUAAGAUUAGAAUGAGCCAGUUGCAACAUGUCUGGCUGCUCUGAUCAAAUUUAUGACUUUUGAUUUUAUGCUCUGGUGGUACUGAAAUAUUUUAAGAUAUAUUAAAACAUGUAUUGGAUAUGCUGUAUGUCUGAUCACCUGAGCUUUAAAAGAGAAAUUAUGAAAAAAGAACUCCACUAGCAGAGUUGAAAUAGCUGAAAUGUGUGAAGUAAAUGUGUGAAUUAUUGCAUAUUAUAUAAUAAAGAUUUUUUUUGGAAUGCCCUUCAUUAACCAUCUAACACACUGGUUUUUUUAUUAUUAUUAUUUUUCUUUCUUCAACAAUCUUGAGCACUAGAGGGCAUUCACAGUCAGUUUUUCUGAGAAUUUAAAGGAAAAGUUCACUCUCAUAAUUUACUCACCAUCAUACCAUCUCAAAUGUGUAUUACUUUCAUUCUUCAGCAGAAAUCAAAAUAAGUUUUUUAGAAGAAUAUCUCAUCUCUGUAGGUCUAUACAGUGCUAAAAUUUUAAAGCUCAAAAAAGCACAUAAAGGUUUCAUAAAAUAACCCUUAUGACACCAGAGUGUUAAUCAAUGUCUUCUGAAGCGAUCUGAUUUUAGGUGACCAAAAUGUUACUCCUUUUUUACUAUAUUUCUUGCCAUUGCAGUAUUUGAGGCAUGUGCAAAAUGCUAGAUGGCACUAUGAAAUGUAAUUUAGCUUGAAAUGAUUAUAGCCAAGAAGACUGCAGAUGCCAAGAUUUAUAAUGGAAAGGGAGCUAUAUUUUGGUCUGUUCUCAACCAAAAUAAAUUGGAUUGCUUCAAAAGACAUGGGUUAAAUUAUUUUAUGCUACCUCUUUAUGUGCUUUUUUUUCACUUGCACUGAAUGGAACUACAGAGCUGAGUUCUUCUUAAAAUAUUCAUUUGUGUUCUGCAGAAGAAACAAAAUCAUACACAUCUGGUAUAGCAUGAGGCUGAGUAUAUGCUGAGAGAAUUAACAUUUUUGAACUAUUCCUUUAAUUAAUUGUUUAAAGAGACAGACAGACAGGACGGACGGACGGCCAGAUGGACAGAACUGACUAUAAAAGCUGUAAAAAAGUUUAGUUUUCCUCCAAACAGUUUGUAUGAGCUGCUCAGUGGGGCCUCACUGACUAUUGCUGAGACAUAAUGAAAAUCAGUUUAAGGAAAUAAAUCAUGUUUAUUUUCUUGCUUUUCCAAUCCAAGUGUUGACCCGUAAUGCCUAAAGCAGAGGUUCUGAGCAACUGGUGAUGGCUAGCUCAUUGGGACACUGUUGCAAAGGCCUUAUCCAUGAUCCAAGUUCACAGCUGAGUUCUGGGCGCUGGGUUUUAGAAGUCGGUUAGGGUAAUCUAGGUGGAAAAACCCUGUCAACAGGAAAAAAUAGCAAAGACAAGUACUUUUUAAUUACUUCAUUGCAUUUUAGGGUAUAUAAUUCAAACAGUAUGGGACGAGCUGCUUGAUGCUUGUAUAUUUUUAUCCUUCAGGCUAUUGCAGUAUCAUAUUCCUAUAUCUAUGAUUGGAAAAAAAUCUAAAUAGAUCUUUCUAAUUGCGUUUUUUUGAGAGCACCAAAAGUACACCAUACAUACAAAAUGACUAAUUGUGACAAAUUUAGCAAAACUUUAAAGUUUAUGCAGAUUUAUUUACCCAUAUAAAGGUGGGAAUGUCAUGCCAAGUAUUUUUAAAGGCAAGAAUUUGCUGCACAAAGAUAUAUGGAAGAAAAAUAUCCACCCUAUGAGUUUAUGUUCAUGGCUGAUGAAGCUUCACAUAACAGUGUUUCUCUAUAGAGACAAGAAAAACUCAACGUGUCAGUGAAAAUGAAAGCAUGUACAGUCAUCAUUCUACCUUUCUCUGUUUUCUUUGAUGUCUAGCCUUAUUCCCACAAACCCCCUUGUCACCCAAGCUUCUUUAUGUAUGGUCUCCCAGGCCCUCACAAAGUAAAUUUGUAGUGCCUCUGCUUCCUCCCUAUUGAAAAGACCAACAUUGCUUGUCACCAACAUAUGGUGUGUUUUGGAUGCUGGUGUCUUCGUAGCUUUACCAGCCAGUCUCCCUUGGUCAACCAGCUUCAUCAGAACCAGCAUUUCUGUUGGAGAACACCAGCUAGACCACCAUAAACUAUAUAAACCUUGGAGCAGCAUGGAAAUUCAUUUGACUAGACUCUUAGAAGUUGCAACAAUCAUCAGCCAAUACAGUGAGCAGGACUGAAAUCUUCUAAUGCAAAGCUGAUUGAAAGAGAUCAACUAGUUCUCAAAAACAAAUGUGCACUGACAUCUUUGGUAUUUAUCUGAAAUAAAGCACUGAUUUCAAAUUGUUUGAACAGAAGUUUUAUAAUCUUUCUUGAUGGAUAUCAAUUGAUAAAUUCAUAACAUAACUAAUGCAACCCAAGGGUACAACUGCUUUCUGGCUCCGCCAUUGGUGUGCUUUUUGCAGAAAGCAUUUAUGUGCCAAAGAUCGUAGAGAACACUGCAUUCGGAGUAUAGUUUACACAUGUUGUAAAUUUUUUAUGUACCUUCAAGCUCGUUUCAAAAG